GAGGAGGAGGAGAGAGGAGCCCAGGAGAGGAAGGCAGCCUGGAAACCCAGAGAGAGAGAGACAGGAGAGAGAAAGAGACCAUUGCUUUCCCUCCCUUCCUUCUCCAUGGCGCAAGGGGGAAAGAGUGCGGAGACGAAGAAAGUGUGAGGAAGAGGAGGGAAAGAAAAGAGGGGGGGAUUUAAACGAAGGGAGGUCUUCAAGUGCUUCCCCUGCUUUUGGGACGCUGCUUUGGGGGCACCGCAAAGCCGCCCUCCGAGAUCCCUUGGACUUCGGCGUUUCGAUGCACUCUUCCAAGCCUUUUCUGGCUUCCCUUUCGAAGUAACUUCGGUGAGAGAGAGAGAGAGAGAGAAGACUGGCGGAGGAGGAGAAGGAGAGGGAGAAGGAGAAAAGUUUCUGAGCCCAGCCGGAGCGUGCCGGGCUUGGGGGUGGCUGUGGCCCGGGCGAUGGCCGGGCGAGGGGUCUGGCGGAGCGGGGGGCUGCGGGGGCUGCUGCUGCUGGUGGUGGGGCUGCUGGGGCUGGGCUGCCUGCCGCCCUCCUCCUGCCGGACUGGCCUCUACACCAACCACUGGGCGCUGCGCAUCGCCGGAGGCCCCCGCGAGGCCCAGCGCAUCGCCAGCAAGUACGGCUACGUCAACCUCGGCCAGAUUGGCGCAUUGAAGGAUUACUACCACUUCUACCAUAGUAAAACAAUUAAAAGGUCAGUUCUCUCAAGUAGAGGUACUCACAGCUUCAUUUCAAUGGAACCAAAGGUGGAAUGGAUAGAACAGCAAGUUGUAAGAAUAAGGACAAAAAGAGAUUACAAACCUGGCAGCAUCCAAUCCAUGUAUUUUAAUGAUCCAAAAUGGCAGAGUAUGUGGUACAUGCACUGCAGUGAUAAUACAAACCUCUGCCAAUCAGAUAUGAAUAUUGUAGGUGCCUGGAGGAGAGGCUACACUGGAAAGAACAUUGUGAUCACCAUCUUGGAUGAUGGCAUUGAGAGAAACCACCCAGACUUGAUGCAGAAUUAUGACCCAGAUGCCAGUUUUGAUGUCAAUGGUAAUGAUAUUGACCCCAUGCCUCGGUACGAUGCCAGCAAUGAAAACAAGCAUGGAACCCGUUGUGCUGGAGAAGUGGCAGCUACCGCAAAUAAUACGCAUUGUAUAGUAGGAAUCGCAUUUAAUGCCAGAAUUGGAGGAGUACGGAUGUUAGAUGGUGAUGUUACAGACAUGGUAGAAGCAAAAUCACUUAGCCUUAAUCCCCAGCACAUACACAUCUACAGUGCUAGCUGGGGUCCCGAUGAUGAUGGGAAGACAGUGGAUGGACCUGCUUCUUUGACACGCCAGGCCUUUGAGAAUGGUGUCAGAACGGGACGAAACAACUUGGGUUCCAUCUAUGUUUGGGCCUCUGGAAAUGGUGGGCGAAGUAAGGAUCAUUGUUCCUGCGAUGGCUACACCAACAGCAUCUACACUAUCUCCAUCAGCAGCACAGCUGAAAGUGGAAGAAAACCUUGGUAUCUAGAAGAGUGUGCAUCUACACUGGCAACAACAUACAGCAGUGGAGAGUCAUAUGACCGGAAAAUAAUCACUACAGACCUAAGGCAACGUUGUACAGACAGCCAUACAGGUACUUCAGCAUCUGCACCUAUGGCUGCAGGAAUUAUUGCAUUGGCACUGGAAGCAAAUCGAUUACUGACAUGGAGAGAUAUACAGCAUAUCAUUGUAAGGACUUCACGGGCAGGGCAUUUGAUUGCUAAUGACUGGAAAACCAAUGCUGCUGGUUACAAAGUCAGCCACUUAUAUGGAUUUGGACUGAUGGAUGCUGAAGCCAUGGUGAUGGAAGCAGAAAAGUGGACAACAGUUCCUCCACAGCAUGUGUGUGUUGAGAACACAGAUCGGCAAAUCAAAACAAUACGGCCAGAUAAUAUUCGGAAUGGACCAGAUAAUGGUGUUCGCUCAAUAUAUGAAGCUACAGGCUGCACAGAUAAUCCAAAUCACCAUGUCGUUUAUCUGGAGCAUGUUGUAGUCCGCAUCACUAUCACGCAUCCCCGGAGGGGUGACCUGGCAAUUUAUUUGACUUCUCCUUCUGGAACAAGAUCUCAGCUCUUGGCUAACAGGUUGUUUGACCAUUCCAUGGAAGGGUUUAAAAACUGGGAAUUCAUGACUACCCAUUGUUGGGGUGAAAAAGCAGCUGGUGACUGGAUUUUGGAAAUUUAUGAUACUCCAUCACAACUGAGAAAUGUCAAGACUCCAGGUAAAUUAAAGGAAUGGUCCUUAGUACUUUAUGGGACAUCCAUUCAGCCGUAUUCUCCAAGAAAUGAUUUUCCAAAAGCUGAACGAGUACGUUUAAGCCCAAUAGAAGAUCCUACAGAAGAUUAUGGAGCUGACGAUUAUGCAGGUCCAUGCAAUGCAGAAUGUAGUAAAGUAGGAUGUGGUGGGCCAGGACCAGACCAUUGCAAUGACUGUCUCCACUACUACUACAAAUCUAAAAACAACACACGCAUUUGUGUUCCCAACUGUCCACCUGGUCACUACAGCGCAGACAAGAAACGUUGCAAAAAAUGCUCACCCAACUGUGAAACUUGUUUUGGAAGUCACAGUGAUCAAUGUAAUACUUGUAAACCAGGUUACUAUAUCAAUGAAGAGUCUAGGAGUUGUAUUACCAGCUGCCCAGAUGGAUACUACCUGGAUAAUAAUAAGAUUGUCUGUCGUAAAUGCAGUGAAAACUGUAAGACAUGCACUGAAUUUCAAACUUGUACAGAAUGCAGACAUGGCCUAAGUUUACAGAACUCCAGAUGUGUUAUCCGCUGUGAAGAAGGGAAAUAUUACAAUGGCAGGGACUGUGAACCAUGCCACCAUUCCUGUGCUUCUUGUGCAGGCCCAGGAGCUGAUGGUUGUCUAAAUUGCACAGAAGAGUAUCUUAUGGAGAAUGGAAGAUGUGUGCUAGCUUGCAACAAUGGCUAUUAUUUUGAUCAGUCUCUAGAAAAUGGAUACAAAACUUGCAAAAGAUGUGAUGCCAGCUGUUUGGGGUGCAGUGGUCCAGGAGAGAAAAACUGUACAAGUUGUCCAAGUGGCUACCUCUUAGAUACAGGUCUCUGUGUAGUUGGUCUAGUCUGUAAAGAUGGAGAAUAUAUUGAUGUUCUUGGCCACUGUCACUUCUGUGAAGCCUCCUGUUCUAAGUGCACAGGACCAUCUUCAAAAGAUUGCAUUGACUGUGUUUCCACAAGAUUUUUGGACGAUGGACACUGUGUUCUUCAGUGCCCUAAAGGGAAAUUUGGAUUGCAAAAUCUGUGUCAUUCAUGCCACCCAACCUGUAUGGAAUGUACAGGAAGUGAACCGAACAAAUGUACUGCUUGUGGGAAAGAUGAGCAAGAUAAUAUGUUCUUUCUGUACCAGGGAGAGUGUAGAGAGAGCUGCCCUGUGGGACACUAUCCUUCAGAGAUGAACAAUACAUGUAUGCCUUGCUUUGACCACUGUGAAGUGUGCCUUGAUCAGACUGAGUGCGAGAGAUGCUUUGAAGGAUACUACCUGACUGAUAACACCUGCCAGAAGAUUGAAUGUAGAAAAGGUGAAGUAAAGAGCCUUGGCUCAGAAGACUGUGUUCCUUGUGCAGAUGGCUGCCUAUCCUGCAGUUCGGAUGAUCCAACAACCUGCACAUCAUGCAUUCAUAAUUAUUACAUGUACAACCAGCAGUGCUACAGACGUUGUCCUCAGAAUACCUACAAUGAUGAAAACUCUCUCCUUUGCAUAGAAUGUCAACCAAACUGCAGAAGUUGUGAUAAAUACGAGUGCUACUGGUGCAAAGAAGGUUUCUUCCUUUUAGAUGGGAAAUGUGUGAGUGAUUGUGGAGCUGGCUUUUACAGUGAUGAGGUCACAGAGGAAUGUGAACCAUGCCACAGGACCUGUGCAACAUGCAAAGGACUGAGCUACAAUGACUGCACUAGCUGCAAAGGAAUUUUACAGCUAUUCCAUGGAAAGUGUGAGAAAACCAAAAGCAAGCAAGUAAAUGGGAAAUUCUGGAAUGAGAGAUUGAAGCUGCACAACUCAAAUGGCUUGAGCUCUGCAUACCUGAAAAACCGCCUCUUGCCUUAUGUCCAAUUGCAAUCCUUACAGCCAGCCGAGAACGAUCUCUUGAAAGUACCAUCCAUGCACCAAAUCCGGGUGGAAAGGGCACUUAAAGAGGUGUUCUCGGUGGCUGCCCCACAGUUUUGGAUGCCCCUUUCCUUGGAGGUUCACCGAAACCCAAGCCUGAGCAUUGUCCAGAAGCAAUCAACAGGUAGCCGAUUUCGUCCAUGUAAUUCUGCAUGCACAACCUGUGAAAAAACUACUAAUACAUGCACAUCCUGCCGCAGAGGUUUCUUUCUUUCUGCUGGGUCUUGUGUCCUUGUUUGCCCAAAAGGAAGUUUUGGCAAUGUGAAGACCAGACAAUGUGAGAAUUGUGCAGAUGACUGUGAGAAAUGUGCAACAGUUGACCACUGUCUGAAAUGUUUGUCUGAUUCAGAGAGGCCCCGUUAUUUGUACAGAGGCAGAUGUCUGCAGGAGUGUCCCAUAGGCUAUUUUGUGGAAGAUGAGACUUGCGAAAUGUGCAGCCAAUCUUGCAAGACAUGUGAAGGAAAUGCCACCAGAUGCCUGUCCUGUGAAAGUCCUUUCCUUCUAGAGCAAUGGGAAUGUAAAGUGGCUUGCUCAGAGAAGUACUUUGCUGCUGAUGGAAUCUGCAGACCUUGCCCAGACAUGUGUCAGGAAUGUAUUAGCAGAAGCUCAUGUAAAGCAUGUGUUCCACCGUAUCACCUGCAUGAUGGGAAGUGCUUACAGGACUGCCCAUCUGGCUUCUUUCCUGACUCCAAUCACUGUUUUGCCUGUCAUGAAGACUGCAGAGAAUGUGAUGGGCCAGAUUCUGAUGACUGCACAGACUGCCUUGGUUCUUACUAUUUUCUGUACAAUGGCAAAUGUUUUGACGAAUGCCCAGAUGGCACGUAUUAUGAUGAAGAAAGUGGGAAAUGCCAAGGGUGUGACAGGACCUGCCAGACUUGUUCAACCUCCACUUAUUGCCUGACCUGUGGAGAAGGCCUCUUGAUGACUGCCACUGGCCUCUGUGCAAUGCCACGUCUCUGCUCCCACUCUGAAUACUAUAAUGAACAGACCAAAAUGUGCAGAUCUUGUCACAGAAAUUGUUUGGAUUGUACAGGCCCUGCUGAAGAUCAGUGUCUCAGCUGUCUCCAAAGCUGGCAUCUUCUCAAUACAACUUGUGUCAACAUCUGUCCAGAUGGAUAUUAUAUGGAUGAUGGUGAAAACCAGUGCUAUGCUUGCCACAGGACCUGUGAAACUUGCUAUGGAAAACACAGCACAGAGUGUAUUUCCUGCUCACCCAGCUGGUACAAACAAGAAAAUGGAUGUGUACAGAUCUGCACCACUGGAUACUAUGCAAAUAAUGUUACUGGCACUUGUGAGAGAUGUCACAAAACCUGCAAAGAAUGUCUGGGACCUGCUUCUACUGACUGUACAUCCUGUGAUGAAGAUUUCUUUUUGUUGCACUCAAAUAACGAAUGCCACACCUCCUGUCCUGAAUCUUACUAUGAGGACCAUGAUAAACUUACCUGUGAAAGGUGCCAUCCAACUUGCCUUACUUGCGAUGGAAAAGGACCGCUCAGCUGCACAUCCUGUGUGUGGAGUUAUCGGCUUGCUGCUGGCAUCUGCAACUCAGAAUGCUUAAUGGGAGAAUACAAAGUCUCAGAGGACUCAUCAAGAUGUGAAGACUGCCACGAUUCUUGCAUGCAAUGCAAGGGACCAGGACCCCUGAACUGCACUGUGUGUCAUCUUAACAUGGAACUCUAUUUGGAUGAGAAUCGUUGUGUGCCAUGCUGCAAGAAUUCUGAACUUGUGCGAACUCAGGAGUGUUGUGAUUGCAGUGAAAUGAAAGAUGAGUGUAUAUUGUACAGUGCUAACUUGUCAGAGGAAACAAAAAGCAAAGCUACAGCUUUGGUUGUUGCCAUAUUCAUCUUGUUGAGCCUCACCACUGGAGGUAUUAUAUUCAUGUGGAGACGGUCACGAGCCAAACCCAAGCCAGUUAACCAAGGUGGAUAUGAGAAGCUGGCAGAUAAUGCAAAGGCACUCGGCUCUUUCAAAAGUAACCACUACCAGAGCACGAGCUAUCAAGAAGAUCAAGUGAUUGAAUACAAGGACCGGGAUGAGGAUUAUGAUGACGACGACGACGACGACAUUGUCUAUAUGGGACAAGAUGGCACAGUCUAUCGUAAAUUUAAAUAUGGACUUCUAGAAGACGAUGUAGAUGAAAUGGAAUAUGAUGACGAAAGUUACACUUUUAGAUAAACUUUGAUUAGUUCAUAUUUCAUUUUGUCUUUUCUACCCAGCUUAAUAAAUUUCUGGAAGAUGAUGAACUCAUUGUAAAUUCAGAAUCUGAUCUGAAUGAAAAAUAACACCAUUUACAGUACUACAUAUUUGCCCUUGAUGUACUUUUUUCCCCCUCUUGCCACUAAGCAGGAGGCAAUUGGCUUAUCAUUAUAUUAGUCUUUGGUAAUUAUAUGCACACCACAGUAAACUAUCCCUCUUGGUAAAUAGUUGUCUGUAUAAGCUCAGAAUGUUUCAAAUAUCAACCUAAAUCCUCUUUUACUAACAGCUGGAGUAGAACCAUUGAAUCAAUUGGAUUUAGCUACAUGCUGAGUGACCAUUCAACAACUGGCUACAAUAGGGCCACUGUAGUUGGGACUAACCAAUAGUAUUCCAAGGAUAGUUUAAAUGUAAUGGCUUCCCCUUAUAAAUCUUUGUCUUUUAAAUUAUAUUUGCUGUAGGGGGUGAUUCAGCAAAAAUAUCUCAGCUGGAUUUGAAACUUACAUUUGUCUUGAAUUAAGAAGACCACCAUUUCUGAAAAGCUGGACAAAAUAGUGUAGUCUCUAUUAAUCUGACAUGGCUCUAUCUGCUUUGUCAGUAGUCUAUCCAUCUUGUGUAGCAUAGUGUUGCAACAAUCAAAAGUGUGGAACAUCUCAUUGCCUGUUUGAGGCUGCAUAGACAGCUGGGAAAAUGGUAACUGGAGCGACAUGAUGGAAAGUAGGAACUGUUGAGUGCACAAUAAGUCUCAAUCAGCCACAAGAAGACAGAAUUGCUAAUGUUCCUAGCUAUAGCUUACAUUCAUUGUUUUGGCUACUCUGAGAGGAACAUUUGGGUAUAGGUACAUUCAGUGGUGUUUAAGACCUUUAUAGGAACUAUCCAACUCUGAUUUUUGUGUUUUGGCAAUUUUUCAUGUGGCAAAAGAAAUCUGAUUCCAGUAGGUUUAUAUUAUAGUAAACAUACUCACCAAAAGGACAUUUUACCUGUGAAUAUUCACAGCUUGAUAGCAGAAACUCCAACUGCAAUACAGAUGAUCCCAGGCAGUGUUUUAAACUCAUUUUUGGCUAUUUCACUUUUUUGAUGGAGAAUUAGAGCACAUUAAUUUGAAGUUUAUCAAGCAUCAAUAGGCCCACUUUGCAUAAAUGCUAAAAAUUAGACUCUUAUACUCCUUUCUCAUUCUUCAGCAGAGUCAAAAGGAGAUUGGAACCUUCUGCUUCCAUUUUUUGAGUAAGAAUUGUGUAACAACAUGUCUGAAUGUAAAAGUAAACUGUGGUUGAUCUAUUAUUAGUGAAAACAAGAGAUUUUCAUAAAUGACAGUUUGCAAUUGGCCUGGUCCCUACCAACCAUAGCUAACUAGUUUGUUCAAACAAGAACGUCAUGACAAGCUGUGGUUAAUCUAAAACUGUGCUAGAGAAGGAAUAAAUCACUCUGAGGUUUAUUCUGCUUAUCUUUUUAUGGUUUGGUAUUACAUGAUUCAGUAUUACUAAGGCCUUGGUGUUACAUGCAAACAUAGCCAUUGGAUAAAUAAGUUACACCUAAUGUGCAAACCAGUUAUAAAACUAAAAAAAAAUCUAACCCCC